GUUCUAUGUUCCCAGUGGGAACACACCAGAUGGAGGCUUUGAUUUGCUCAACCUAAUUGGAUUCAAAAAAUAAAUGAUAUUCACGUGGCCAUGGAAGAAAAUGUCUUUUGGGAAUGUAAAGCAAAUGGAAGGCCUAAGCCUACAUACAGGUGGCUAAAAAAUGGUGAACCUCUGCUAACUCGGGAUAGAAUUCAAAUUGAGCAAGGAACACUCAACAUAACAAUAGUGAACCUCUCAGAUGCUGGCAUGUAUCAGUGUUUGGCAGAGAAUAAACAUGGAGUUAUCUUUUCCAACGCAGAGCUUAGUGUUAUAGCUGUAGGUCCAGAUUUUUCAAGAACACUCCUGAAAAGAAUCACUCUUGUGAAAGUGGGAGGUGAAGUUGUCAUUGAGUGUAAGCCAAAAGCAUCUCCAAAACCUGUUUACACCUGGAAGAAAGGAAGGGACAUAUUAAAAGAAAAUGAAAGAAUUACCGUUUCUGAAGAUGGAAACCUCAGAAUCAUCAACGUUACUAAAUCAGAUGCUGGGAGUUAUACCUGUAUAGCCACUAACCAUUUUGGAACUGCUAGCAGUACUGGAAACUUGGUAGUGAAAGAUCCAACAAGGGUCAUGGUACCCCCUUCCAGUAUGGAUGUCACUGUUGGAGAAAGCAUUGUUUUGCCGUGCCAGGUAACGCAUGAUCACUCGCUGGACAUCGUGUUUACUUGGUCAUUUAAUGGACACCUGAUAGACUUUGACAGAGAUGGGGACCACUUUGAAAGAGUUGGAGGGCAGGAUUCAGCUGGUGAUUUGAUGAUCCGAAACAUCCAACUGAAGCAUGCUGGGAAAUAUGUCUGCAUGGUCCAAACAAGUGUGGACAGGCUCUCUGCUGCUGCAGACCUGAUUGUAAGAGGUCCUCCAGGUCCCCCAGAGGCUGUGACAAUAGAUGAAAUCACAGACACCACUGCUCAGCUCUCCUGGAGACCCGGGCCUGACAACCACAGCCCCAUCACCAUGUAUGUCAUUCAAGCCAGGACUCCGUUCUCCGUGGGCUGGCAAGCAGUCAAUACAGUCCCAGAACUCAUUGAUGGGAAGACAUUCACAGCAACCGUGGUGGGUUUGAAUCCUUGGGUCGAAUAUGAAUUCCGCACAGUUGCAGCCAAUGUGAUUGGGAUUGGGGAGCCCAGCCGCCCCUCUGAGAAACGGAGAACAGAAGAAGCUCUCCCCGAAGUCACACCAGCGAAUGUCAGUGGUGGCGGAGGCAGCAAAUCUGAACUGGUUAUAACCUGGGAGACGGUCCCUGAGGAAUUACAGAAUGGUCGAGGCUUCGGUUAUGUGGUGGCCUUCCGGCCCUAUGGUAAAAUGAUCUGGAUGCUGACAGUGCUGGCCUCAGCUGACGCCUCCAGAUACGUGUUCAGGAAUGAGAGCGUGCGCCCCUUCUCUCCCUUUGAGGUUAAAGUAGGUGUCUUCAACAACAAAGGAGAAGGCCCUUUCAGUCCCACCACAGUGGUGUAUUCUGCAGAAGAAGAACCCACCAAACCACCAGCCAGUAUCUUUGCCAGAAGUCUUUCUGCCACAGAUAUUGAAGUUUUCUGGGCCUCGCCACUGGAGAAGAAUAGAGGACGAAUACAAGGUUAUGAGGUUAAGUAUUGGAGACAUGAAGACAAAGAAGAAAAUGCUAGAAAAAUACGAACAGUUGGAAAUCAGACAUCAACAAAAAUCACGAACUUAAAAGGCAGUGCGCUGUAUCACUUAGCUGUCAAGGCAUAUAAUUCUGCUGGGACAGGCCCCUCUAGUGCAACAGUCAAUGUGACAACCCGAAAGCCACCACCAAGUCAACCCCCUGGAAACAUCAUAUGGAAUUCAUCGGACUCCAAAAUUAUCCUGAAUUGGGAUCAAGUGAAGGCCCUGGAUAAUGAGUCGGAAGUAAAAGGAUACAAAGUCUUGUACAGAUGGAACAGACAAAGCAGCACAUCUGUCAUUGAAACAAAUAAAACAUCGGUGGAGCUUUCUUUGCCUUUCGAUGAAGAUUAUAUAAUAGAAAUUAAGCCAUUCAGCGACGGAGGAGAUGGCAGCAGCAGUGAACAAAUUCGAAUUCCAAAGAUAUCAAAUGCCUACGCAAGAGGAUCCGGGGCUUCCACUUCGAAUGCAUGUACGCUGUCAGCCAUCAGUACAAUAAUGAUUUCCCUCACAGCUAGGUCCAGUUUAUGACAAAAGUUAUCUCAAGGACUUGCUGUUUAUAAUAUAAGCAACAUUUAGCUAGUUGUUUUGAAGACACCCAGUACUAAGUAAUAUUGUUGUUCAAGUACAUCUUAUUACUGGAAUAAAAAUGUUUUUUGCUUCUUUAGGAAUGGCAUUAUACAGUACUUCCUCAAAGCAAAUCUAGCUUUGUCUGAAGUUUCUUUGGAAACUCUGCAAUGCACUGAAGACAUCUGUAAUAUGAUGUUACCAAAGCAGUUUACAUAUGUCCUUAUAUGCAUAUUUUUUAUUAUAUAUUUAGUGUUUUAUAGAAUUUUUUAAAGUUAACAUAUAAUGUAGAUAUUACUUUUUUUCCUCAGCUGUAAAAUGCUAUGGACAACACAACCAUGCAAUUAUAAUUUGAAAAUAUUUCCUUUAAAGACAGAGUUUGAAACUCAUCUUGGUAAAUAAAUUGCAAAUUACUUGUACAGUUUUACAAGGAUCUCGUGGCAGAACAGCUGAAGACUUGGUCUAUAACUCAAGGCUGCUGUAUGCAAAUUACUCUUCUAGUGGUUAAUGCAUUGAAUCAAGUCCUUUUGACAUGUACAAUAUGUUUUCCCAUGCCGUUGUGAAUUUUGUUGUUCAAUACAACUUGAGAUGGUUUCAGGAAUGGCUGCAAUCUCAAAAGCUAAAUUUACUGCCCAAGAGGCACCUUGUGCAAUAUUCCCAUCCCUGAAUUUAGCAUUGUACAGUAAGAUUUUCUUUUCACUCAACUAAGUUAGCAUUGUCUUUGUAGUAGCACUAUCUUAGACAUUAAAUUUGAAGUAACAUAUAUCCUGUAGUAACAUAGACCAAAAGUUACUAUAGUCAACCAAGUCUUUCAAAGGAUAAAAGAUAAUUUUAUUAUCUUUAACUGUAUCUAUUUUGAAUGUAAAUUUUAAAAAAAAGUAAUUCUCUGUCAAUGGAUUCGUAAUUUCUUUACAAAAUUUCUUAUAUAUAAUAUGUGUAUCUCUGUAAUAAUAGAGCCCUUCUUUUGAAUCAAAAUUACAUAUGGAGUUUGGAAGAUUUCUCCUAUUUCAACAAAUAGUUGCUGCAAGAAUUUUUAAUAUGACUCUAUAAAAGAUCUUUAGUACAAUGGUAUGGUUUCUUGAUGAUUCUGUUUUGCAAUAGGGAGCCUAGUUGCUUUAUAUACUUUACCUUCUAACUCUUAAAAUCACACAUUGGAAAAUGACAAUAUCAACAAAACUGUAUUCUUAUGAAAAGAACUAUUUGUUACAAUGGGAAAGGUUUUGUAAGCAAACGCUAGUGGAACAGUUACAUAAAAGGCAAUGAAAUUUUCUAUAAACAUUUUCUCAUGUAAACAUGCUGCCACCUUUUCUUCUUUCUCAGAGAACUCAAAUUUGCUGUAAUUUGUCAUUUUUGCUUACAAAUAAUAUAACUUUUCAACCUUCUACUUAUAUUUAUCCAAUAAAGUCAUAAUCAGGAUUCCAUUUGUGUAAAAACUAGGGUGGUAACCGGAAAAAAAAAAUAUUGUCAGUAUUUCAAGCUGUGUUCCUUUCUUAGUUUGAUAUGGUUACUUCUAUGUUAAAAUAAAAUAAAAUUUAAAAUCACAUGCAAAAAAAUCAACAAAAUAAUAAAAUGAAUGAAAAAAAAUGACACCCAGGGAGUUCCCAACCCCAGUGUAAAUGAUAUUUACCAGUGAUCUAGCAUAUGUAAUCUUUUUUAAAGGUAUUGUUAAUAAAUAUUCUGUCAUUUGUAAAGA